AUGUUUAAUCAACACAAUUAUUUGUUAAUAAUUAUCCCCUUCGUGCUUUUCACUUCGGCUAAUGGUGCUCGCUACGAAUUCGUUGCGGACAAUGAUCAAGUUUACGAAGAGUGCAGGGACAUGCCCGGCACUAUGGGUGUUCACGGAGCGUUCGAUUUCACAGAUUUACAUAUGGAAUACAGAGAUGGUUCUAUUCAUGUUUAUGGAAAUUCCACGAAUAUCUAUAAAGGCACUCAACCUACAGAUAUUGUCCAGUUAUUAGGUGAAUUGUAUAAAUUCCAACAAGGAGACUGGCAGCCAACUCCUUUCACAAUUUGGGUUAAGGAUUUUUGUGCGGUUCAGUUUAAUCCCACUACACCUUGGUAUCAAUUUUGGGGUCGACAUGUACACAAAGCGGAUCGCAAAUGUGUUAAUGUGUAUGGGCAAACCUACCAUCAUGAUGAGUUUACUGUGGAUAUAGGAUUCGAUUUUCCCAUUAAUAUGGAAGGUCGUAGUAAGCUUAAGGUAAGAGCUUGGGCAGUGGACCCAAAAACCAUGCAACGACGUCCAAAUGAAAUAUGUUUCCAAAUUGUGGGUUCAUUUUAUAAAGUCAAAUAA